CCUAACGUCACUUUAUUUUUGUCAAAACUAUUAUAAAAUCAUAUAAGAUCACAUUAUUUGUAAUGAAUGCAAACAAAAAGAAAAUAUAAAAUCCAACCCAUCCUGUUCUUGAUACAAUGACCGAAUCGUCAAAAUCAAGCGUUAGAGUCAAUACAAAGCCGGUUAAUGUGUUUUACGUUUGGUAUUCAGAACUGUGUCGACGAUUAAACAGCAACCCAGCCCCCACUGUGAAACCUGCGAAGUAUAAGUCAAAAACUGUAUUGGACUUUGUGGCUGAUAGAUUGAAGUUCGAGGAGUGGAGUCCUGUUAUAAAUGCCCUUAGACACGACACAAGUCUGCACGUUAUCAAUAUAAGAAGCAGGAUAGGAAAUUGCCAGUUUUUACAUGACAUAGACACCGAAGAAAAAGCCCGUAAACUAAAGCGAAGGUACGGAGUAUUGUGGACAGCUUUUAUCCUAAAAAAUCUACUCAGAUCUAUAUCCUGCUCCAUUAAAAACACCCAAGUCCUAACUUGUCUUGAACUUGAUGGUUUGCCUAUGUUUAGUCAAUAUUUAGAACCUUUGCUACAAGCAUUAAAGAAAAACAACACUGUAAAAUCGUUGUCACUGGCAAAUUGCGUUAUAAAUGAUUCCGGUUGUGAACUGAUGUGUGCCUAUUUAAGAUUUACACCCAACGUAGAAGUAAUAAAUUUAUCUGGUUGCGGACUUACGGCUGAAAGUGGUGCCCACAUCGCCAAGCUCGUCAAACAUCAACAAAUUAACAGGUACUGCGAAAGCUGGCACAGAUCCCUGCGUUAUGAAGAUCCUGACAGCAGCAUUAUGCGAGGUUUAAAAAGACUUACUCUAAAUCGCAAUCCUUUAAUGGGAAACGAAGGCAUUUGUUACAUUUUAAAAGAACUUGAAGAUGAUUUGUGGAUAAAAGCGCUGGACAUGCAGAAAUGUGGCAUCACCGACGAUGUGGCCCAAAAAAUUGUAGAGUUAUUAGAUUAUAGUAAAUCAUUAGAAAUUAUAGACAUAAGACAGAAUGAGGGCGUAAAUAUACAAACAAUCGAGAAAAUUUUACAGUUGCUCAAACAGAAACAGCUUAGCGGUUAUGAGCCAGAGUAUCAAUGGUGCGAUACAGCCUUAUCGUUGUCUUUAAAUACAGCAAGAUCUUCCAAUAUAUCCUGCGUUGAAAAUAGUAUGGUGAAACCAAGCAAAACCAGUGUAUUAUUUAGGCCUUUACGAAAAAGUAAAACUGUUGAAAGUGUAUCAGAAAAAAAUGACGAAGCAAAGAAACAAAUACUAAAGCUUAACUCUCAGUUGGAAAGGGAAAUAACUAAGCGGAAGGCAACAGAAAAGAAAAAUUUAGAAUUGAAGAAAAGCUUAAAUGAAUUUAAAUGUGCUAGCACUACAAAAUGCACAGCACCAAAAACUAAAGGAAACUUUAAAACGGUUAUAAGUGUUAUUGAAAAAUUAAAACCAGUACGAAAUUCAGUCCCAAUGCUUAAAAAUGUAGAUAAUUUGGAAAUCAAGCCACCUAGAAAUACCAUAUUUACCAGCACCUCUAAUGUUAAUAGAAAUCAAGAUCAGUUAAAAAAUGGUUUGAGAAGCAAAUUAGAUCACGGGGAUGUGGGUCAGAAUAACAAGAUAUUAAAAAAUGGGGAAAUUAGGCCACAGAAAAACGGUUUUAUAAAAAAUGGGUAUAACGGUUUUUCACAACCAAAUGGCUACAACAACGCCUCUAAUAUCUUCGAACAGCUAAUAAAAAGUUCUACAGUUAUUGAUGAUGUAGUUGAUGAGGAUGAAGAAUUUCUGGAACUUCUAAAAGCUCCAGACAAGUAUAAAACUAACAAUUGUAAUGAACUUUCAUCCAGUCAGACCUCCCUAUAUAAUUUUAUUGAGGAGUUAAAGUCAACGAAUAGUAUAAACCCCACACAUAAACCAAGCACAAAUCACCCAAAAUAAAUAAUAGUUUUGUGCAUUAUCAUAGAAAUAAGCCAUUUAUAGAGAAAUAUGUGUUGCGUAAAAUAAAAAUGAUACAUUUUCCA